CUCGCUGCCACGAGCUCUGACGCACGCGCGCUUCCCCUCGAGUUCAACUUCCGGGGAUGACGCGAGUUUGGAGCGUAGACUGACUCGAGCCGACGGAGGUGUGAGAUGGAGGAGUUUCCGAUCGGAACGCUACAGGCUGUAUGUUUAGGUUCCAGCAUCGCAUUUUCUGGCCUCUUCUAUUACAUCUACAGAAAAAAAAUCAAAACCGUGGAUAAACUCGCCGAGGCUCCUCAGAUUGCUUUGAACAAGAACCUGGUAGAUCUUCUGAAUGCUACCCCAGGGAAGUGUUUGCAGUAUGUCGUUAUUGAAGGUACAGUUCAGCCUGUAGGGGAGCCGCUGAGUAGCCAGUUUCAGGAGGGAAGUGUGGGCGUAAUCCAGAAACUGGUUCUGCGAGAACACAAGCUGGUGUGGAACAGUCUCGCUCGCACCUGGACAGAUCGGGACCGUGUGUUGCAUAAGCGUGUCAGUGCUGUGCCCUUUAACCUGGUGGGUGAAGACAGGGCAAGCCUGCGUGUGCUCUGCCCCCUGGAGGCCACGGGUCCUGAGAUGGAGACUGUCCACGAGAAGUUCCACCAGGCUAGUUACGGUUUCACGGACCUCCUUGGUCAGUACCUGAGUGGCGAGAAGCCCAAAGGCCAGCUGGAGACGGAGGAGAUGCUGAAGGUGGGAGUGUCGGUGACCGCUGUGGGUGAACUCAUCCUGGACACAGACCGCCUGCUCAAGCUCCGCCCCCCAACCGACGGCUCCGAGUACUUCCUGAGCACGUCGGACUUUGAGAGCCUACGGCUGGAGCAGGAGGGGCAGGCGAACGGGUGGCGGGCGCUGGCGUGCGGGUGUGUGGCGGUGGGCGUGGCCAUACUGCUGUGGGUGGGGCUUCGCUACCACAGACGGCUCCUGGACCGGCGGGAGAGGGAGAGGAUGAGGAGGGAGUUAGAGCAGAUGUGGGCAGGAGGUGGGCAGGGGCCUGAGGAGAACACCUGUGUGAUCUGUCUGAGCAACCCAAGGGGGUGUGUGCUGCUGGACUGUGGUCAUGUGUGCUGCUGUUACAGCUGCUAUCAGGCUCUGCCUCAACCCAACUGUCCCAUGUGCAGGCAGAGGAUCCGCAGGGUGGUGGCCCUGUACCAAGCCUGAGACAUGAAGGCUCCUAGACGUUAAUCACACUAGGAUUAAAUAUGUCUGCACCUGUGUGCGAUGGCUUGUUGAAAACGUGUGCAGUGGGCUGUCUUGUCCUGCCAAGCCCACAGUGUUGACCAGAAACAGGAACUGCGGUAUGUACGUUCACGCUCGCGUGUAGAUUAAAAGCUAAGGUCAGUUUGUAUCACAGACAGUCCGUGACUUUGUACUGUUUCAGAAGAGUUGUAGUGUAGUGUCUUACAUGGGCAGCAUGGAUGAAUAUCUUAAGGUCCCACAUCAAACUAUAAAACUGCAAAAAUAGUUUGGUAAUGUGACUUUUUAAAAACAUCUUUAAACAUUAUUAAAUGUGUAAGUAGUUUCUGCUUACAGAAAUACUGAAAACAGGCCCAAACUUGGUGGUGUUGCUUACAGAAGACACGAUGACCCCCUCCUCUCCAUAGACUAUAUUUAAGAUUUGCUUUAAGCACAGGCGUUAUAAGCUACUGUUCACAGUUCUCAGUGUGUGUACUGGAGAUGUGCUCAGCAUGUAUGAUCAACAAGCCCUUCUUGCGUGCAGUAAGGUGUGUUCAGGGCUCAGAUGCAGGUAUUCCCUCACUUCAGUUCCUGCAGGGCCAGACUGUGGCACAGGUUUAGUACACAGGUGAGUGUUUUCCCUGUGCAUCUCUGCAGUGCACAACAACAGCGGCAGUCAUCUGGGUGUGUCAGAGGUCACAAAUCGAUCUGUGCAGUUACUUCGCCCUCCUGACAUGUAGUCAGAGUGCCCCCUGCUGCAUGGGCUCUCCCGGACAGACUUGGAGAUCAGAUGAGAAUUUUUCUCGUUAGAUCCUGAUGCACUGCACGUUUGCCACUGGGGGGCGACUGCGAGCACUGGUGAUGUGGAUGUGCAUGGAAACAUAUUUAUCAGUUUCUAGCACUGUGCCUUAAUUUGUGAAUAAACAUUUCUGUAAAGGGCAGUGGAAGAUGAGAGAACCUAUUUAAUAUUCUUACAGAACUUAGUUGUUUUGAGUUGAAAUGACCUCAUGGACUGGUGAUGAGUUUCAAGAUCUUGUGUUUGUUGUCUGUUAAUAAAGGCAUGCUGCUCUUAACCUGUGGUUUAUCUGCACUGUUUUAGCUGAUGCAUAGGACUAGCAUGAGCUGGCCUCCAUAAAACAAAUUCAGCCUUGGUCUUAAAAUUUAGUUUAAAGUCAAAAUAAACCCAGGCUGGAUUCUUGUUUAGCAUGUGAUGAAAAGCUAGUAUAAAAGGAAUGAAAGUUCAAAGUGCAUAGAUAUUUAAAAUGAUCAUCAGUGCAUUCCUCUUCCGAGGGUCACAUAUAUGCUUUAUAAAGUUUUAUACAAAGCUUUUAAAGAAUUUGUAUAGUUUAUAAUUUGACUGCAAUGUUGUAUUAGCUCACUCUAGAUCAGAGGAUCACCAGUAAUCUGCAGUCAUGUUCUGAGCUGAUCUGUAGUAGUGUAUAAAAGAAUUCGAGCUCUGGGGACCAAAUCAUUUCUAACACAUGAAAUACUGAAAGUCAACUGACAGUGUUUUGCCCUAACCCUUAACAGCAGAAAUAAGGAAAACUCCCUGAUAUCCUCUGCUUUGUGUGGUGUGUAUGAUCUUUUAUACAUCCUGAAGUCUUUCUUCAUAAUUUAAAAAUCGAUUUAGCUGUCGGACAGAAAAACUGGUGGUUUGGCUCUUUUCUAAGCUAUACUUAACGUGCGGUUCCUAAAAGAAUAGCACGCUAUAACCGCUAUUACAAUCGGCCACUAGGUGGCAGAAGAGCGUUAUUGUCGACCUGCGUUUAAAGGGGUUGGUCUGUGGCGUUCGUUCCUUCUAGUGGAAAAACUAGUGAACUGAGCGACUGCUGUUUACCCAGAAGCUCCUGGGCGGUUUGUAUCAAUUGAAGAUACUCUAUCCUUCCCCUGGGUAACUUUUCUCAGGGGACUUCAUAUUAGUGCGUGUGUAUGGGUUUGUGUUGCAGCUUUUAUGGGAAAUCCAUAGCGAAGUGUGUGUGUGUGCCCUUGUGUUGGCCACCUGCUGUCAAAGGUGAUUCAUAUUGAAUCUGAACUCUUAGCCAAACUUCAAUAGGGUUCCCACUGCCGGUGGACUCGGGGUGUAACACGACAAUCAGUAAUUCAGUAAUCAAUGUCCUACUGUGGCACUUCAGCCUGGAGAAGGAAGCAGAAUGAAUUUCUGGUGUUGUGGGGGGCAAGCGUGCUUCAUGCUACCUCACUCGUGUGCCAUGCGAGCAUCGCCAUGGUCCACACUGCAGGCUGUGCUCUGGACAGCUGGACUGUUUCUGGAUGUCUAUCAUUUUUGUUUCGUUUUUUCAGCGUCUUUCCACGAAGCUUUGUUCCAGACCUUUAAUAGCUAUUUCAGUUUUUAACUAGUUUUUUAUGCUGGCUUGCUGGUGUUUUUCCAAUUUCCCUCUUGUGCUGGUUAAUUCUAGUGUUUGAUGUAUUGUUGCACGUGUCCUGGACAGGGCUUGUAGUCUUUUCAGUGGAUAGCCCCUCAAAAUUGAAAAUAGCAUAACACGUCAUCAGUGUGGUGCUUUUCUGUGGUCUUCUCCUGCAUUGUACAGUCACACAGAAGCCAUGUGACGCGGAGUAGAUGAUGCCGCAGCAGGUACGUCACUCUCCAGUGGAGUGGCACUUUCCCGCACCUGGGUGAGGUGCCAGGCAAUGGCUCACGCUCGGAGUGCGGGGGAACGGAGUAGCAUCUGUUCUUAGCGGGCAUUGCGUACGCGUGGGAAGAGCUGCCUGCCUCUGAGCCGUGGGCAGCAACGACAGCUUCUAGAAAGUCAUCUUAGUAAUUGCCAAAUUUUGUGUGUGUGUGUGUGUGCGCGCACAUGUGUUAGACAAAGUGUGCUUAUCCACAUACAAGUUAAAUGCAAAUGAACGUCGGCAGCGCAAGACAGCGUGUGGGUAUACAGCCAAAAUGUGACUCAUUGAACAUUAUAAAGGCAAAGCAGCACAUAGCCUGUGCACUCGUUUGAACUGCACGUGAACGAUGGAGACAUGCAAAGUCAAAGCAGCCUGAGGGCGCGCUCACCUCAGCGCGAACACAUCAAAUUAAAGGCAAAUGGCUGAGGUCUUUUCUCACAACUAAACCGAGCUUUAAAUUAUGUGUUUGAAGACAGACCUAAUAUAUCCUCACAUCUUCCACCACCAGUUCUCUCCAUGAGAGAGUGAGAGAGACAGAGAGGGAGGGAGGGAGCAAGAGAGAGAGAGAGAAAUCUUUUGAAAACACACUUGGGGAAUUUGGCUUCCAGUCGAGUUACACCUGUCACAUGUCAGCAUGCCAGCUCCUGUUUGUUACUGAACAAGUCAUAAAGUCAUCCGAUGAACCACUGGUUACUCGGUCAGUACAGAUGUAUAAGGAGCAUGGCACUUAGGUAUCAUGCUUUCAUCCAUUUAGCCCACUCAGUUUAUCCGGCUCUCAUAAUGUCAACAUAAUUAAAUGACACUAAUUUGCACACCAUCCCUGUCUACUAACUUUCAGCACGUUCAGUGUCGUAGUACACAUCUGAGGCAAUUGUAUGAUCAGAAACCAAAGGUUUACUUGACAUUUACCUUAAGUUUACUUAAGGCCGAGUUUCCAUCUCUGAACAUUAUUGUAAAAUGGUUGGGACUGACUCAAUGACUACUACAAUGUAGUUUGUCCUAUUUUCAUAGUUCUGAAAUUAAAGAUUUAGGUAUUUGGCAUAUUAA